AUGAACAUCGGCUAUGAAGAAUUUGUAAGUCAAUGCAAAGACUUUAUUGCUAAAUGUAUUGAUUCACAAGAUGUAAAAGAAGAAGCAACAACAACAACAACAACAACAUCAGAUGAUAAUUGGCAAUUAAUCAACAAUUCAAAUAUAGCUCCAAAUCUGAGCUAUUUGCUAUUAAAAAAGAUCAUCACCGUUACACAUACCAUGACACCAAAACAACAACAAAAAGCACCAAAAGAUGUAGAGUUGGAAGAUUGGGUACACCAGCAAGAAAAUGAUUUACAAUCACUAUCAUCAAAUACCAACAACAAACAACAACAACAACAACAACUAUCAACCACAUACCAUGCCGAAUAUCACAUACUAUAUAGUCAAUCAUAUAGAGUUCCUGUAUUAUAUAUCAAUGUCUAUAGAAAUGGUUGA